CGGGAAGCCGAGAGCGUGGCGCAGGGCUAGGGCCUGGAACACGCUCAGAGCCCGCAGGCGCUCCUGCGAGCUGGCCGUCUGAACAGCGCCGUCGACGCCGCCACCGCCGCUGUCGCCGCCCCGGUCCGCCGCUCCGCCCAUCCGCCCCACCAUGCCUGGUGCAACAAGAGCCAUGGCUGGUCUUGUUCCCGGGGGCGGCACAGCAGUCGAGCACCUGGGAGCCUGGGGGAGGCGCCAGCACGAACGCCGGCAGGCAGCUCGCCUGCGGCGUGGAGGGGGGGGGAGAUGGGUGGGGGGCAGAGGGUCGAGGGCCAUGAGCAAGGACGACAUCAUCGCUUCAUCCGGUCCACGGCCGAUGUCCAGGUUGGUGCUCACGCCGUGACGGACCUUCAUGCGGGCGAGCGCCGAGCCCAGCUCCGCCGCGUGGCGCUUCAUCAUCACCUUCCACCGCCCGCCGCACUUCACCCCGUGGCCCAGCAGCAGGGAUAUCGGCACAAGGAGUCAACAAAGACAACACCCGCACUGCACUGCUGAUGAAAGCCCGCUCUCCUCUCAGCCCAAUCGCCAUCUCUGCAACGAUCCAGCCCGCUCCGAUCUCAUCGCUCCGUCUCCACGGUCGUACGGCGGAGUUGUUCGCUUCUCCACGACCACCGCCGCUCACUCCAGAGAAACCUGCCGCUCGUUGGAGAGACGCCGCGGAGAUGAUUCGAGCCGAGAGGACCACCUCGACUGCGAUUUCCUCCCUCUCGGGGUCGUGGAAGAGCACAUGGGGAGGAGGCGGUCUCGAACCAUCAUUUCUUCCGGAGCCAUGGGCAGACGUCUCGACCCCAGCAAGAGGGUCCUCAAGGGCCCCGGGAGAAAGAGCAAGAAGCAGCGCGGAGCGGAGACCGAGGUGGCUUGGGCCCUGCGCAAGGACCCGGGUGUGGAGGUGAAGCUCUCAAGUCACGGGCGGAAGAGAGCUGCAAAGCGUUUUGCCAAGGAGGUCCAGAAGGUUGAAAACAAAUCUGGAUUUUCCAAACCCAAGAAGCAGCUGCUGAGUGUUGGAGUGACCCAAGAUGACGAGGACGACGACUCCACGGGCGAUGGCGCGGCUGGCUCCGACGAGGAGUUGUCGGGGGCCGACUCGGCAGACGACGCCAUCCUGGAGGUGAAGAGGACCAAGGUAUACAGCGACGAGAACGCCGCGUGGCUCACGCCCGCCAAGCGCAAGCGGCUCGAUGACGACGAUGAUGAUGACGACGAUGAUGACGAGGAGUCCGACCUGGAGAAUGGGGGCGAGGGGCUGUGCGCUGAUUUUGAUGGCUCCGAUGAUGACGACGAUGAUGAUGAAGACGAUGAGGGGGAAGGUGACGAGGAUGGUGAUGAUGAGCUCCUGCCAAUCGAGAAGGCUGCGAAGAAGCAGAGAAGUCGAAUGGAGAAGGCCAAGAAGCUCCUGCAGGAGGAUGAGGACGACCUGCAGACCAACAUCGUGGAGAGCGAGCGCUUUGUGCUGCCCAGCGGACAGGAGAUCGAGAAGGAAGCCGUUCAGCCGCCCGACCUGCAGAUCAUCCACCAGCGGAUGCAGGACAACCUGGCGGUGCUGGGAGACUUCACAAACCGGCGCGAACCGGGCAGGACCCGGGAGGAAUACCUGGAGCUCCUGAAGCGUGACCUCGCCAUGUACUACAGCUACAACGACUUCCUCAUGAGCCUCCUCAGCGGACUCUUCCCCCUCUCCGAGCUCAUCGAGUUCCUGGAGGCGAACGAGGUGCACCGGCCCGUGACGAUCCGAACAAACACGCUGAAGACGCGGCGCAGAGAGUUGGCUCAGGCUCUCAUUAACCGGGGCGUGAACCUCGACCCCCUGGGAAAGUGGUCAAAGGUCGGCCUCGUCAUCUUCGACUCGUCGGUGCCCGUCGGCGCCACCCCGGAGUACCUCGCCGGGCACUACAUGCUCCAGGGCGCCUCCAGCCUGCUGCCCGUCAUGGCGCUCGCGCCGCAGGAGAACGAGAAGCUGUUGGACAUGUGCGCCGCGCCCGGCGGGAAGACCUCGUACGCGGCCCAGCUGAUGAGGAACACGGGGGCGAUCGUGGCCAACGACGUGAACUCGGAGCGGCUCAAGAGUGUGGUGGGGAACCUGCACCGCCUCGGCGUCACCAACUCCAUCGUGUGCAACUACGAUGGCCGGACCCUCGCCAAGGUGAUGACCGGGUUUGACCGCGUGCUGCUCGAUGCUCCCUGCAGCGGCACCGGCAUCAUCUCCAAGGACCCAUCUGUCAAGACCAGCAAGGAUGAGAAGGACAUCCUGCGCUGCGCUCACCUGCAGAAGCAGCUGCUGCUCACGGCCAUCGACUGCCUGGACGCAGCAUCCACCACGGGGGGGUUCCUUGUCUACUGCACCUGCUCCGUCACGGUGGAGGAGAACGAGUGGGUGGUGGACUACGCGCUGCGCAAGCGCAACGUGAAGCUCGUGCCCACGGGCCUCGACUUCGGCAAGGAGGGAUUCACGCGCUUCAAGGAGCGCCGCUUCCACCCGUCGCUGAAGCUGACGCGGCGCUUCUACCCACACACGCACAACAUGGACGGCUUCUUCGUGUCCAAGUUCAAGAAAAUCUCCAACGACAUUCCCAAAUCCGCCACAGAUGCCCGUGAUGUGGAGCUCUUCAUGGACGAGCAGGACGACGACGAGGUUGGCUCGGGGCCCGAUUCUGCCGGGGCAUCGAAGAAGGCCGCUGCCACGGCCGCUGCCGCUGCCAAAAAUGGGAUCCACUCGGCAAAGACGAAUCACAUGAACAAGAGAAGACGUCUCAACGGCGGGACGGACAACCGACCUGGCCCAAAACAAGCACCGAAACAGCAGCAGCAGUCUGGACCGGGACGGGGGCACAAAGGGCAGACUGCGAGGCAGCAGGGAGGGCAGCCGAAAGGACAGUCCGCUCAACGGCCGCCCGCCAGCAAGCUUGCAGGACACAUCGGCAAUGCUAAUAAUAAGGGGAAGGCCGUGGGGAAAACCACGUUAAAGGUUGCAGGCAGUGCCACCAGGAUUCCUCAGGUAGGUAAGGCUGCGUUCAGGGUCACAGGGAAGGCGACCGGCAAGCCCGGCGGCGUUAAGGCCGGAGGUAAAUUUGGUGGGAAGAAGUCGGCAACGCCGACCAGAAAAGCCGGGGCCAGUCCUGGGCCCGGCAAGUUCCCUUCUCCCAAACAAUUCCGUAACAAGAAGGGCAAGCCUGCCAAGGUUUAGAGGUCGGAGGUUAAGGGGGGGCGGAGUGCGGUUGCUUACUCUUUUUCCACUGCACAACUGAGCCGUGCCGGGGCUGUACCAAACAAGUCUGGCGCGGCUCAGAAGGCGCCAGGUUUUUAUUUUCAACUGCAGGAGCCGUGCCGUGCUGUGCCGCCGACGUGGCCUGCAACGAAUGAGUCGAAACGCGUGUAGAUGAUGCGGCGACGACACGUCUUUGACGGCGUACUGAUGCCGCACGCACAAACGCAUUAUUAUGCCCGCCGCCCCUGGCCCUGCUUGGCCCGCUGAGCCAGCUUCAGUCUUGUGAGGUCGGUGUAUUACGGUUUUCAUUCUGGCUCUGCUCGGCAAAUAGCCAGUGGACAACCACCCGUAUACAGCGAGGACUUGGCGUCAGGCUCGGCUUGGAUGUGCCCGUGGAGAAAGGAUGCAAGUGACGAUUGUGCUACGAUAAAUCAUCGGCCGCGUCGGAAGUGUCCGCUGAAGCCGGGAGUCUCGAUUGUCGUCGCCGACGCAUGCCGCGCGGUGUUGAUCGGUCGCUCGAAAUGACAUUCGGCUACGGCGCAUCUUGCUCGGCUUAAACCCCGUUCGGAUUAAUGAUAUUUUGACUCCUGCUGCUGUGCAUUUAACGGCGGUGAGAAUAAAGACUUUUAUGUAGAGA